AAAAAAAAAAAAAAAAAUUCUAGAUUUCAUUGGGUGUGAACUAUAAACUCACUCCAGUCUUUCUGAUGCAUUUACAUCAGCACCACAUCACGGGUAGCGAAUACAAAGAAAAACGACCAACCGUGACAAACAGCCAUGAAUCUUGAGCCACUCAAACCAGAGAUCAAAUCAGUCACCCGUGUCACCGGUGGUCCUGCCACACCACGCAAAGGACCGCCCAAGUUCAAGCAGAGGCAGACUCGCCAGUUCAAGAGCAAGCCGCCAAAGAAGGGUGUCCAAGGUUUCGGAGAUGACAUCCCUGGCAUGGAAGGUUUAGGCACUGACAUCACUGUCAUCUGCCCCUGGGAGGCCUUUAAUCAUCUGGAGCUUCACGAGCUGGCUCAGUAUGGUAUCAUCUGAGCCCGUUACCUUCCCAUCAUCCUCUGUGCAGUUAAGACCCUUCCAGUCAUGUUCUCCAAAGCACCUGCCUCCAUCCCAGCCAAGGUCUCCAAGUGGGCCGUUCUUACUUUUAUAACAGAAUAAACACACAAAACAGCAACAUUUAUAAAAAUGGGAAAACUAAGAAAAAUCUACAUAAAAAAAAUCUAUCUGAAUAUCCAUCCCUCUGGUUUCUUUUAUUUCUUGCAGUCCAAGAACACUUUCUGCUCAAACUAUAGAACAGAGAAGAUCCAGUCAUAUUGCAUUCUGUUUACUUUGAAAAACUGCUGCUGCUUUUCUUUGCUCUCGUCUUCUUUUUUCUACUCUCCCUCCCUGUUUUCUUCUGGAACACGAAACAUACGGAAGUAACACAGCCUCUGCGUGAGUAAAAGCAAGACACGUGCCCGUGAAAUGCCUGGCUUCUCAUUUCACGUGCCUCGGUACUUCCUCUGUCCACCUUCGCCGAGUUUAUAAGAAAAGAUCAAAGUCCUGUAGAGGUGAAACACCCUGCUGGCCGACAGUACAUUUCCAAAACUUGACUUCAUCACACUAUUUCCCCAUCAGCAUACCCAAAUGGGUCAUUAAUGCAGAUUUUAAAGUUUCAACCUUUUCACUCCCUUUUUCAUUUCUUAGUAUUCUAUGUAAGGAUACCCUGAGGAACCAUUCAUUUUGUAAUAUCAUAUUUGCUUUGUGCUCUGCACCCCCGUCAUUAAGUGCGUCCAUAUAGCACACAUACAGGCAUGAUUUCAUUUUCUUAUUUGUUUCAGUAAAUCUCUCGUGUGACUGUAAGGGAACAGUGUUGGGCUGUCAUGUCUUGUGUUUCUUUCAUCCAUGAUCAUUUUGUGUAGUCAUUUCAUUUUUCAUCACCAUCAUCUGUCAUCCUCAUAAUCACAUCCCUCUUUAUCAUU